AAAUUAUAAAAAUGAUAUAUUUGGCUUCUCCAGAAAGAAUUUGGAAAUUCUCUUUGGAAUUUUGUGUUCUCCAAAAAAAAAAAAAAAAUGUUGGCUCGGCCCUGAUCUGAGGGCUCCUUAUUGCUAAAUUUGGUUCUCCUUCAAACGCAACAAUAUUGGGUCUGCUGGUGGGAUAGUAACCAGCACAGCAACAGGCAUUUUUUUUCCCAUCGCUUGCCUCGAAAGGUAGUAGUAGCUGAAAGGAGGCGGUGUUUAUCUUAUGCGGCGGUUUUAUCCGUUGCUAGAGAUUCCAAGUAUUCUGUACCUGAUUUAGGACGGUCAAUAAAUGGCCGUCCGGUUGCUUUAGAACAGCGUUUGGCGCUCUGCAGUGUAGUCUGUACGACCAAAGAACCAGGUUUUGAGAAAAAAGAAAGGAAUAAAAGGUCUUUUGGAAUUGCAACCCAAUGGCAUAAGGAUACGACUAUUGUGGUUUCCUUCAAUGAAGCUACCAAGCCUGAGGGCAGUUGCAGGCGCGUCCACUCUGACCUCCUGCAACAAGAAGAUAACCAACUUGGCUAAAUCAGGGAGGCUAGAAGAUGCGAUCAGACUGUUCGACGAAAUGCCUCAACGAAAUAUCGUCUCGUGGAACUCAAUGAUCUCUGCUUACGCCAAGAGCGGAAGAAUUGGCGAUGCGCGGCGUAUUUUUGAUAAUAUGCCGAUGAGAAACGUGGUUUCCUGGAACACCAUGAUGGCGGGUUAUGCCCAUGGAGGCUGGUGGAACGAGGCAGCGGAACUGUUUCACCGCAUGGGAGUCUGCGAUGACUUCUCGUUCACUCUCAUAAUAACAAUCUACUCUAAACAAGGGAAGGUGGACGCCGCAAGGAAGAUCUUUGAUAAGCUUCAGGAGAAGAGUCCUGCUAUCUGGAAUGCGAUGAUCACUGGGUAUGCCCAAAACGGUGGGACUGAUAACGCGCGAAAGUUGUUUGAUAUAAUGCCUGCCCGUGACGUAGUUUCCUGGAAUGCCAUGCUUGCGGCGUACACGCAGAAUGGUGAGAUGAAUUCUGCUGUUCGGCUUUUUGAGGAGAUGGUAUCGAGAGAUGAUGUGUCUUGGAAUCUCAUGAUUGCUGGUUUCCUUGAAGUUGGUGAUAUGGCUUCAGCUUGCAACUUUUUCGAGAAAAUGCCAAUGCCUAAUGUUGUUUCUUGGGUGACCAUGUUGUCGGGAUAUGCCCAAAAUGGUGAAAUAGAGAAGGCACGGGAAACUUUCAGUAAAAUGCCUGAAAGAAAUGUGGUGGCUUGGAAUGCAAUGGUUGCUGGAUAUGUGCAAAAUGGUAGGAUUAAAGAUGCUUAUGAAGUGUUCUGCAGAAUGCCAGCGCGUAAUGCUUCGUCAUGGGCUGCUAUGAUCACAGGUUUUGCUCAAGUUGGUAAGCUUGAUGAGGCAAAGAGGUUGUUAGAUGAAAUGCCUUUCGAUAGCGUGAUAUCACAAACUGCGAUGAUAUCAGGAUACAUACAAAGUGGGAGAUUGGAGGACGCAUGGAAAAUGUUUGUUCAAAUAAAAUGUCCUGAUACUGUCUGUUGGAAUACCAUGAUUGCCGGAUAUGCACAGUAUGGAAAAAUGGAUGAUGCUCAUAGUUUAUUCAGGAAGAUGAAGAAGAAGGAUGUUAUCUCAUGGAACACCAUGAUUUCUGGUUAUUGUCAGAUUGGAAAAAUGCCUGAGGCAAUUCAAAUGUUUGAGGAGAUGGGCCAGAGGAAUGCUGUUUCUUGGAACUCUAUUAUUUCUGGUUUGACUCAGAAUGGACUCUAUAGUGAUGCACUGAGGUAUUUCGUCUUCAUGUUAAGGGACGGUAAAAGACCAGAUGAAUCCACAUAUGCUAGUGCCCUUUGCUCCGGUGCCAACCUUGCCGUGCUUCAGCAUGGAAAGCAGCUGCAUGAUCUUGUUGUGAAAAGUGGGCGUAAUGCUGAUGUAUUUGUCGGAAAUUCUCUUAUCACAAUGUAUGCAAAAUGUGGCAGGGUUUCAAGGGCAAAGCAAGUGUUCUCUGAGAUGGUAAACAUUGAUUCCAUUUCAUGGAAUGCAUUGAUUGCUGGUUAUGCAUUGCAUGGCUAUGCAAACGAGGCACUUGUGCUGUUUAUGCAAAUGCAGCAAUCUGGUGAAGUUCCUGACGAAGUCACACUCGUUGCUGUUCUGUCAGCAUGUAGUCAUGCUGGACUGAUCGAUGAAGGAUUAUAUAUCUUUCAUUCAAUGGUUGUUAAAUACAAUAUUGUGCCCAUAGCUGAGCACUAUUCGUGUAUGGUUGAUUUGCUUGGACGAUCAGGUCGGCUGGAGGAAGCAUACGAACUAGUGGUCAACAUGCCUAUUGAAGCAAAUGCUGGUACAUAUGGUGCAUUACUUGGAGCUAGCUAUAUUCGUGGUAAUCUAGAGAUUGGAACAUUUGCAGGGGAGAAACUCUUAAAAUUGGAGCCCCACAAGACUUCAAACUACGUCCUGCUAUCAAACAUGCAUGCUGCUUCUGGCAGAUGGGAGGAGGUGGAAAGAAUCAGGAUGUUGAUGAAGGAAAGGAGAGUAGAAAAGCUACCUGGGAGUAGCUGGAUUGAGAUCAAAGGGCGAGUUCACUCUUUUUCUGCUGUCAACUUCUCACACGAUCUGAUUGCAGAAAUUUGCAGCACUCUUUGGACACUGUCCACACAAACAAAAACAGAUGGGCAUAAGCCAGACCUGCGAUAUUCCUUUUUAGACUUUGGAUAAAUGGGGAUUCUUCUGAGUCAACUUAUAAUGAAGUCCCAACUUAUUGGGAUGAAUUCCCAAUCUAUUGUAUGUCUGAAAGGCAGCUCAAUAUUUAAUGAUGUUAUGCUGUUUAAACUAGUUCCUAGAUGGUGGUCGCUUUUAAAAAUGUGAUGAUGAACAAGCCGAAGCUACAUUUUGCCGGUGAACUUUCAUCAUUGUCCCUGGCAGAUGGUACUUCAUGACUUCACCAGUGCACGAAACUGCAAAUGCAAAAGCUACUUCUUGCUAUGUUGUGGCCUAGGACCAGCUAAAGGGUGAGCCAUCUACUGUGAUUUAUUACCUACACUCAUCCAAUUUUGCUCCACCCCUUGGUUCUACCAGAUAUAGGCCCAUAACACAAAGAAGUUUGAGAUGGAGGACCGCGGAUAGAUACUUUUAAAAUUGUGAGCUAGUCAUAUUAGUCAUAGAGGCUGUCAGGUUGGUGAUCUUCAUAAAGUAAAAACACCAAUUUAUUGGCUGUUACCUGUUGUUCUUUCCUGUUGGCCGGUUGAGAAACUGUAUUCGCCAUGGAAGCUGCAGAGGCAUAUUUUAUAGACUAGUUCAACUGAACGUUGAUACCCACACUUGGCCCUUGGCUAGUUGCUUUGCACAAUGAAGCCGAUAUAUAAGAUUUAUAAUCAUUGACAAUGCAUAAAGCAACCAUGUGUAGUUCUGAGCGUCCAAUAAAAUCAAGAGAGUCCACAUAUGGAGUUGCACAGACUACAGAGCAGUGAAGUAAUGGAUUGGAUCGUUCUGAUGUUGCCUCUGGAUCAGUUUUUUAUGCAAUUUUAUCUUCCACUUUUGAUGAAAGGGAAACAGCUGGAGGUUUUUCCCCUACAUUUAUUGAAGAUAUGGACAAGGAUGUUUACAGAAACAAUAACUCCCAAUGGGGCUCAGAUCAUUCAGGUUGUGGGGUCCCAGUUCCGUUCUUUCUCUCCCUACUCCACAGUAUGAUUUCUAUUUACAGGAGCCAAAAAGAAGAGCAGUGGUGCCCUUUGAUUUCCCAUGACUAUCUUCUACAGCUGCACCUUCAAUCAACACAAUUUGUUAUUAAUUCCUUUCCUGCCACUGAUAACUUCAGUCAAACAUAUCUUCCACUUUUCAUUGUUCAUGUCCACUAGAAUUCUCCCCGAGCGGGUAUUUAUUUUCUCUAUGCAUUGGUCUCAACCCCAUGAUUCCAGAGUUACAAUGUCCUGAGCAGUCCAUUGGACAAAUGCAUAAAUGGAUUCACUGAUUUUGUUUGUUUUUAUCCUGCCACCAGUCUUCUGCCUGAUUUGAGUGUGGAAGCUAAACAAACAUUACGCUCCAUCCUUCAGGUCAAUCCCAUUUGUCCCAAACUAUGCCAAAUGGUUUCCAGGUCCUGAUAUUAAUUCUUCUCCAGUCCAUUUUAGCUGCAGGAGAUACUUUGAGUAGACUUCUUAAUUACUUUUAUAUCCUCUGGGUUCCACUUGUGCUCUUGUUAUUCCUCCCUCCGAGCUAGACUAUAAGUCUGUAACCAAUUCACUGGAGCCUGGUUUGCAUAAGAAGCUGCCUCUCAUAAUUAAUGUAUCUAGUCCAGCAAGCACGCAGGUACCCUUGACUCCCAUAUCCAUCUUCUCUGCCCUUCCUUGUUGCCUUUACAUCUAUUCUCCUGCCAUGAGGUUACCCUAUUGAUACUCUCUGAUGGAUGAGAAAUCCGUUCAAGCUUGUCAAAUCCUUUCCUUAGAGAGGCAGAAACACUAGUUCUGUUACUCGUAGAGAAAACAACUUUGUGCCUCUCUACUAGAGCUCAGCAGGAAAUCCCUCACCCUCCAAUUUAGGAACCACUCCACCAGUCCACAUUCUUUGGCCCUGAUGACUUUAAUGAGUGGUUUAUGGAAUCAUCUACUAGUCCCUUUGCCAUAGCUCCAUCUUUGAUGGCCAAAGAAACUGUAUUGCUUACACCUUUGUAGACUGCCAAAACUGCUUACCAAAUAAAUGAACCACUAGAAUGUCUUUCAUAUGUCCAUAAGCUUUGCUUUCUCAUAUAUUUGCUUUUACCAACUUUCGCCAGCUGCAUUCAGUGGUGAAGAUCUUGCUGGCUAAAAUAGCCAGACGCAAGGUAUUAUACUCCUAAUCUUUUAUGAUCAACUCUUCGCUCCUUUCUGGGAAGACAUGGACGUUACAAGGACUAUUCAAAGUAGUGGCUGCAACCGAGUUGAUGCACUUAGGGUGUGAGGGUGUGGAUUGGGUGUUGCUCAGGUGCAGCAAUGUAUAAUUUUGUUUUCUUUUUCGUUAAAUCAUUUAUAGAAACACUAAUUGUUAGUUUUGUUA